AGCUGAAGAGCUUUGAUCAAAGACGGAAAGAAGAGGAGGAAAGUGUUCCCUUCAAGGUGCUCGUGUGCUGGGUGAUACCAGCCUUGGCAAAUCAACCUCAGAACCCUGAGCUCUGGUUGCUUCUCAGGAAGACGACCAAGAUCGGGAUGCUGUACAUGGAAAGAAGAUUAUUAAUCGGACGUUUCUUUCUCUUUCCCAAAUUACUGCUUUGUCAGAACAAAAUGUGGAAGGAGUUCAAAAAAAGCUGGAAGAAUUUCUGAAUUUUAAACAAUUAAAGACAUCUUUGAAAGAAGCUAUUUUGCUAGAUUAUUAUACUGCGGGAUUUUGGUGGGCUAAAGAAAUGAACUUCAGUCUUAUACAGCUUUCAGAAUUCAUGGAUCUAUUAAAUUUUCUGUUGGAGAACCUCAGUGAUAAACAUAUGACCUUAGGAGAUAAUUUAAAAGAACUUGGAAAAGCAAUGGCUGGAAUAGGAGAAGCUGAUUCAGAAAGAAGUGGUGACUUGAGUUUCUUUAGCAUCGAGCAAGCCAAAGCAGUUAUUGAUUACUUGAAUAUCAGCUUAUUUAAACACUAUAAACUGUAUGAAUACCUCUUCCACAGUCCUAGAGAAGAACUUGUGAUAAGUAAUGAGUAUGUGAUUGAACUUGCCCAACCUGAAGUUCCCCCCUUCCCUGCUCUGCUGGAAGAAGGCGUACCUUCGGAUAUCUGUUCGUCAGUCACAAUAUCACCAACAGCUGCAGAGAAAGAAUCUAAGGGUUCUGAUCAAGAGGGUUACCUAGAAGAGCCCUGUCCAGAGGUGGAGGCAGAUGCUGUGGCUGGUGUCACUGCUGAAGAUCAGAAGUCCGCAGUAGGUGAAAUCCCAAAUGAAAUUAUUGGCAGCCUUGAGGCAGAGAUAAAUGCAAAGCUGCAAAUGCAAGAAGAAGCUUAUGCUUUGAGAACAGAGAAAUUAAAAAGUCCUAAAUAG